CAACAGAGAGAAUCCCGAUCGCUAUAAUAUGACGCAAGUCCGUGCAGCUCAUCUUCUUAUCAAGCACACUGGAAGUCGGAAUCCCGUCUCCCGUCGCACCGGCGAGCAAGUUACGCUGUCACCAGAACAAGCUCGCCAAGAACUGGAAUCGUACCAACAUCGUAUCAUUGCUGAAGGAUUGGACGAAGCCUUUCCCAAAUACGCCACAUCACGUUCUGAUUGUGGUUCGUUCUCGAACCAAGGAGAUCUAGGAUUUUUUGGACCAGGGCAAAUGCAGCGUCCUUUCGAAGAAGCAGCUUUCGCGUUGCAACCGGGUGAAAUGAGCGGGAUCGUUUCUUCCGAUAGUGGUGUUCAUCUUAUCUACCGCAUCGCUUAAAAGAUUACACGCAAAAGAGCAGCAGUGGCUUAUUUUUUUCACGCAUCGGCGAAGCAUGAAGAGAAAAAUAAUAAUAAAUCCAAGUUUUAGACC